AAAAAACCAAAUGAAUCUGUCGAACACAUUUUAUCCUUUUCCCCUGCCUGUAUGCCUGCCUGCCUGCCUGUUGCCUUGUCCAGUCACCAACCCACCGUCCCAUCCAACGAUCCAUCCAUCCAUCCGUUGAUUCAUCACCGAUCAGCCGCCGGCCUCUACCUGUCCCUGCCACUGGUUGAGCCACUCCAUGACUCGCUGCACAUUGGCAUCCAGGUGCUGCAACGAGUCAUUCCACGCCUCCAUGACCGCAUCCGCGCCGAAGUGCUCUUUGGCCUCGUCCAGCAGCACCUGGAAUAUCUCACACUCAACGUUCUCCUGGAUCUUUCGCUCGGGGUAACUCCGCCGCUCCAGCCGCCCGUACAGCACAGACGUCUCGGUCCGCAGAACCACCACCAGGUCGAACCAGUCGACAGGCAGAAAGUCGCACGAGUGAAAGUCCAUCACGUGGCCGCCCUCGGGCAGAAAGUCCGACAGCUUGCUGACCACCAGGUCCUCGUCGAAUAUGCUGCAGUUCAUCUCAUCAUCCCACUCGGUGUACAGAUGCUCCUCGCGAAUCAGGCGGGCCAGCUCGACGUGAUGUAGCCCGCUCUGCUCGCACAGCAGCUGGCACAAGGUGCUCUUCCCGGUGCCGGGCGUGCCAGUCACGAGGAUGUUAGGCCGCGAACGCUGCAUGUCUUAUGGUGGUCACCGUGAGAGUCGUUUUGAA